AUGGCGGCCGCCGUUGGUCUCACAUGCGUGUGGCGGUAUCGCCAGCGCACGUUUACGAAUGCCAUGGCGACGGCGGUCCAUGCCGCGACCAAAGAGAACGACGAUCGCACGACGCAGGACGCGCCCCGACGGUACUACGCCCCGGCCAACUUGGUCGCCACGGACGUUGUAGGAUCCGUCUAG